AUGGACUAUUAUCCGUCCUUCACGGAUCUGCCACAUAUCGUCUCCAUGUCUGGUGUUUCUUCCCAAGCCUAUGAUUCCUAUUCUCCAGACGGCUCUCUUCCAGCCGAUCACCCUUUUGUGACUCGAGAAUCUCCCAUAUUUCAGCUGGACGCCGUGGAAUCCAAACCCCGGGAAGAUAACUUUCCUUCCCAAACAUGGUGGAAGGGUGAUUCGUUCGCUUAUGCAAUGGGCCAUAUGCCUCCAACUGCGUUAAACCCUUACGGUGAUCGUUUUGCCUCUUGGAACAGCGGGGUCUCUACUGUCUCAGAUCCUCAAAGCCCGCGCAGCACCAACAGCGGCAGUAUGCCAGCCAUAAGCUGCUACACUUCUCCAUCUUACCGACACGAGGAUGCCGCUAUCUCUUCUCUAGACCCUAAACAUGCAUCAUAUCCGACUCCAGACAACCUAACAGUACCCAAUCCUCACGUGUAUGAGGUCCUGCCGGAAAAUCACCUCUCUCCCUAUAGCGAAGUGCACUCGGACUUCGAUACCUGGUCAUGCAGCCAUUCUGAUCGCUAUCCCACUCCAGAGCAAGCCUGGGCCUCUCCCAUGCAGCCAGAGACCGUGGCUGCCGUACCAAAGGACUUGCGGCGGUCCAAGACCCGCUGCUCUUCUACUAGCCGCGUGCAAAAGAGUACGGCAGAACGACGACCCAACUCUGCUCCUGGCCGUGGCCGGAAACGACGCGGAGCAACCAGUACCCCGAAUGAUGCGAAUUGGCCACGAGUGUUUGUGUGCAGCUUUUCUCCGUAUGGUUGUGAAAGCACCUUUGUGUCGAAGAACGAGUGGAAACGGCAUGUCACCUCUCAACACCUCCAGCUGGGCUUCUACCGAUGCGACGUGGGAAAGUGCAGCGUGCACGUCAAUCGCACCCGAUCAGACCAUCUACACUCACCAUCCACCUCAUCCACCUCAUCCACCUACAAAUCUGCUACUCCUCCCCCUGGCCAGCCCAACGACUUCAACCGCAAGGACCUUUUCACACAGCACCAGCGCCGCAUGCAUGCACCCUGGCUACAGUCGGGGCAGCGGCGAACUCCUAGUGAUGCAGAGCAUGCUGCCUUCGAAAACAGUCUGGAGGAAGUCCGCCAGCGCUGUUGGCAAGCACUACGACAGCCACCCGCCGUCAGCCAUUGCGGCUUCUGCGGCGAGAGCUUUUCUGGUGAGGGUAGCUGGGAUGCUCGCAUGGAACAUGUCGGGCGGCACUUUGAGCGUGAGAAUCCCGAGCAGCGUGGCAACGAGCGCGAGGACCAGUUCGUGAGAGAUUGGGGGCUCCGUGAGGGUAUCCUGGCGCCGGUGAAUGGUCAGGUUCGGCUGGUCUCGCUCGUAUGA